AUGGCUGUGGCGUGUGUCGCACAACUUAGGCUUGAAGGCUGCCACAAAAUUCCAGAGUGCAAUUCGAACACUGCAUUUAAUGUACCAAACAAGAAUGAUUGUCACAGCUUUUACAAGUGUUCCUUUGGAUGUGGAUAUCUAAUGUAUUGUUCACUUGAAUUAAGUAAUUCUUCCUCUAAGCGUUUGGUCUACAAUCCACAAUUACAAGUCUGCGAUUGGCCAGCCCACGUGGAUAACGGAGGGUGCCCGGCACAAGCUGUGACACAGUCACCGGUAACAACGACUACGGAACCUGCGAAUUCGCCAUCUACGCCAGCAAGUUCACAACCUGCCACGCAGUCAUCAUCGUCAUCUACUACGAAUCUUGUAACAGAAUCAUUAUCGUGGAUUACUACAGAGUCGUCGUCGUCGCCUACCACUAAACCUGUAACAGAGUCAUCAUCGUGGCCUACUACAGAACCUGUAACAGAGUCAUCGUCGACACCUACCACAGAACCUGUUACAGAGUCAUCAUCGUGGCCUACCACAAAACCUGUAACAGAGUCAUCGUCGACACCUACCACAGAACCUGUAACAGAGUCAUCGUCGUCGCCUACCACUAAACCUGUAACAGAGUCAUCAUCGACACCUACCACAGAACCUGUUACAGAGUCAUCAUCGUGGCCUACCACAAAACCUGUAACAGAGUCAUCGUCGACACCUACCACAGAACCUGUAACAGAGUCAUCGUCGACACCUACCACAGAACCUGUAACAGAGUCAUCGUCGACACCUACCACAGAACCUGUAACAGAGUCAUCGUCGACACCUACCACAGAACCUGUUACAGAAUCAUCGUCGUCGUCUACUACAGAAGAGAUAUGUUCAAGUAGUACAGAACCUGUAACAGAUUCUUCAUCAUCGUCACCUAUACCUACAAUCCCUGAUAUAACGUCAGAAUGCCCAAAGGAAGGAAGGAAAAAUAUAGCUCACGAAAGUAACUGUCAUCUAUAUUAUAAAUGUGAUUAUGGAGAGAAGGCGCUUUAUAAAUGUUACGAAGGGUUAAUUUUUAAUCCAUACGUCGAAGCGUGUGACUCACGGCAAAAUGUAGACUGCAUAGUAACCGGUGGUGACACGUUAUAA